AUGAGUAGAUCAAUGGGAUUUAAUAUCUGUGUAGUCACCUGCAGCAUCCUGACCCUGCUCUUGUCAUCCAGUCCACCAUGCCUUGCUUCUCAGCUACUGGAGGAGAGGGACAUGACAAAGGCCCAGCAUGGCCCCUGGGUGGGGAAUGGGGUAGAAGAUGAAAGGACAAGUAUGCUGAACUUGAAAAAUAACCUGGGCCCGUCUGAGCAGAGUGUCUCUGAGGAGCCCUCUGCAAAGCCAUCUGGGACACCCUUCAGUGAAGCUGUUGCUGCAGAAGGAGACGUGCUGCCUGUAAGCCCAAGCCAUGGCAUCCUGGGCAGCCAGGGCCUGGGGGCUCCCACCUCUGCUGUGGCAGUGGCUGCUGUGGAUGAGGAGGAGCUGGGUCCCACAAAGUCAGAGCUGGAUGAGGAUGAUGCAUUCAAGGCCAUGCUGACCACAGCUGUGACCACACUGAGCCCUGCUGUCCAGGAGGAGUCUGUUGAUGGUGCCAUUAAUGAAGCCACCACAGAGGGAGGUGUUGAAGUAGAGCAUAGCUCUGCUGGCCUCUCAGCAAACCCCCUUUCUGGCAGAGCUGAGGAGGAGGAGGCAGAGAACAGCUCAAACCCCUCUGCUGCACCCAAGCCCACACUGUACCCCAGCUCCCCAAGCUGGGAAGCAGCAAGUGACCACCUUGUCAUCCCAUCUCCCCAGCCUCACAGUGUGACCUCCGAGGUGGGAGCCUCCACAGGGAGCCCUCUGAAGUAUUUGGCUGCUCAAGCAUCUGUGGCUGCAAAAGGUCGCCUCAUGGUGUCUGAGGCCUCCUUCCACCUGGGAGCAGGGACAGGGGCUGGGCAAGGAGAGCUGCCUACCACGGCUGGCACGGUCACCAGUUCCCCCACAGACACUGUGCUACCUGACUGCGAUGACACAAAACUGGGAGAUGUAAGUCAGGGGGCAAGUGUGUCUUGUGAAGAGGUGACAGAGGACCUGGGGGCAGCAGAACUGUCCCAGACCCCCCUGGGAAGUGUGGGGGAGGAAGAGGAUGCAACAAGAGCACUGCCCUCCCCAGCGUCCCUUCCACCAACUCCUGAGCUUGCCCCAGAGACCAACAGCACAGUGUUGGUGGAAGGGGAGGAGCUGCCAGCAGCUUCCCCAGGUGCUGGUGGUGCUCUGCACAUGGAGAACCUGACAGAUGGAGACGUGGCUGAUCUCGGCUCGCUGGAAAACGUAAAUGCAGUCACAGCAGAGGAGGGGAAGAGCAUCCCACCAUCCCAGCCGGAGGCUGCUCUGGUGACACACACCCAGUCUGACCUCUCUCCUACUCUGGAAAGCUCAUGGAAAGGUGUUACUCAGGAGGUGACAACAGUUGCCCAGGAGGCUGAUGCUGCUCUGUCAGUUGUGACACUGGUGCCUGGUGCUACCUGGGGAGCAGGAGCUGCGAGCUUUCCUCAGGAAAACAGUGGGGAGGACACCCAGAUGCCAGCAGCUUCUAGUGCCACCCAGAUACUGGUGGCAGCUGGUACUUCCUCUAUGGCAAGCACUCUGGAUGUAAAAGCUCUCUCGGAUGUGGUUCUGGUCACCAGUAAGAAGGCUGUUCCAGCUCCUGGUGAGUUGACUGCUACCCAGUCUGGACAGACAGAGGAGCCAUCUGGUAGAACUGUGGUCCUGGUAACUCCAGCAUCAAUGGCAUCUUCUGUCAGGAGGACAGCUCUUCCAUCUGUGAGGAGGAUCAGUACAGCUGUGACCUACGGGCUGGACCGCCUGGAGUCAGAAGAGGGAGAAGAGGAAGAGGAAGAAGAGGAGGAGGAAGAAGAAGAAGACGAGGAAGAAGAAGAAGAGGAGGAGGACAAAGACAUAGAUUUGAUGGAUGAAAGCAUGGAGGGUGACUCGGAGCUGCCAGGUUUCACGCUUCCAGGAGAGACCUCCCAAGAGCCCAUAGGUGGCCUGGAAAACCCUGUGGCCCAGCUGGCAGGGAUGUCCUACCAAGUUCCUGACGCCAUCGAGUGGGAGCAGCAGAACCAGGGUCUAGUGAGAAGCUGGAUGGAGAAGCUGAAAGAUAAGGCAGGGUACAUGUCAGGGAUGCUGGUUCCUGUGGGGGUCGGGAUAGCUGGAGCCCUCUUCAUCCUGGGAGCACUCUACAGCAUUAAGAUCAUGAAUCGCCGGAGGAGAAACGGCUCAAAGAGACAUAAAAGAAAGCAGAGGGAGUUUAACAGCAUGCAGGACCGAGUCAUGCUCCUCGCUGACAGCUCUGAAGACGAAUUCUGA